AUGGCCCCAGGAGAGCUCCUUUGGCUCAUGGUAGAAAUGGAACUAAGAAGCUUUUCUGGACCAGAUUCCGAUAAGACUGGCAUCGCCAUGGCCGACAUCCAGUGUCUUCUGGAUAAGGAAGGCGCCUCUGAGCUCGUGAUCGACGUUAUCGUGAACACCAAAAACGACAGGAUUUUCUCAGAGGGCAUUCUGCUGGGCAUCGCCUUGCUCGAAGGAGGAAACACGCAAACCCAGUAUUCUUUCUAUCAGCAGUUGCACGAACAAAAAAAGUCAGAGAAAUUCUUCAAAGUUCUGUAUGAUAGGAUGAAGGCUGCUCAGAAAGAAAUCAGAUCAACAGUGACAGUCAACACCAUCGACUUGGGAGGCAAGAAGAGGGAUGAUGACAAUGAGUUGAUGACAUCCGGCCCAAGAAUGAGAGUGAGAGAUUCAUCAUUACAUUUAAAAGAGGGGAUGAAAGGUCAGCUAACAGAAGCUUCUUCAGCAACCUCCAAAGCGUAUUGUGUGUACAGACGAGAGAUGGAUCCAGAAAUAGACAUUAUGGGCCCAGGACCAGACGCAGGAAGUGCUGAGGACAAGUCUGCGGAGGAAAUCACGAUGAGUCCCGCCAUUGCCAUUAUGCAACCGAUUCUGAGAUUUCUUCAGUUGCUGUGUGAGAACCACAACCGGGAACUGCAGAACUUCUUGAGGAAUCAGAACAACAAAACAAACUACAACCUUGUCUGUGAGACCCUGCAGUUUUUGGACUGCAUUUGCGGGAGUACAACUGGUGGCCUGGGCCUGUUAGGCCUCUACAUCAACGAGAAGAAUGUGGCUCUGGUCAAUCAGACCCUGGAGAGCUUAACGGAGUAUUGCCAGGGCCCUUGCCAUGAAAAUCAGACUUGCAUUGCUACCCAUGAAUCGAAUGGGAUUGACAUCAUCAUUGCUUUGAUUCUAAAUGACAUAAAUCCUCUCGGCAAAUACAGAAUGGACCUGGUUCUCCAGCUAAAGAACAAUGCCUCCAAGCUUUUGCUGGCCAUCAUGGAGAGCAGACACGACAGCGAGAAUGCAGAGAGAAUCCUCUUCAACAUGCGACCCAGGGAAUUGGUGGAAGUGAUGAAGAAUGCCUAUAACCAGGGAUUAGAAUGUGACCAUGGAGAUGAUGAAGGUGGAGAUGAUGGUGUUUCUCCAAAAGAUGUUGGACACAAUAUCUACAUUCUGGCCCAUCAGUUGGCCCGUCACAACAAACUGUUACAGCAGAUGCUCAAACCUGGAUCGGACCCCGAGGAGGGAGAUGAGGCCCUGAAGUACUACGCUAACCACACUGCGCAGAUUGAGAUUGUUCGUCAUGACAGGACCAUGGAGCAAAUCGUUUUUCCCGUGCCUAACAUAUGCGAAUACCUCACUCGGGAGUCCAAGUGCCGUGUGUUCAACACCACGGAGAGGGAUGAACAGGGGAGCAAGGUGAAUGACUUUUUCCAGCAAGCAGAAGACCUCUACAAUGAGAUGAAAUGGCAGAGGAAAAUCAGGAAUAACCCUGCCCUCUUCUGGUUCUCAAGACACAUCUCCCUCUGGGGGAGCAUCUCCUUCAACCUGGCCGUGUUCAUCAAUUUAGCUGUUGCCCUCUUCUACCCUUUUGGAGAUGAUGGAGACGAAGGUACACUUUCUCCAUUGUUCUCAGUUCUUCUGUGGAUAGCAGUGGCGGUCUGCACAUCCAUGCUGUUUUUCUUCUCCAAACCCGUGGGGAUUCGACCAUUUCUUGUGUCAGUAAUGCUCAGAUCAAUAUAUACGAUAGGUCUGGGGCCUACUUUAAUACUUCUUGGUGCAGCUAAUCUCUGUAAUAAAAUCGUGUUUCUGGUGAGUUUUGUGGGAAACCGCGGCACGUUCACCCGAGGGUACCGCGCAGUCAUCCUGGAUGUGGCCUUUCUCUACCACGUGGCGUACGUCCUGGUCUGCAUGCUGGGCCUCUUCGUCCACGAGUUCUUCUACAGCUUCCUGCUCUUUGAUUUGGUGUACAGAGAAGAGACCCUCCUCAAUGUCAUAAAAAGCGUCACACGGAAUGGUCGCUCCAUUGUUCUCACCGCAGUCCUUGCUCUCAUCCUGGUUUACCUGUUUUCCAUUAUUGGGUUUCUGUUUCUGAAGGAUGACUUCACUAUGGAAGUGGAUAGGCUGAAAAAUAGAACUCCUAUUACAGGUAGUAGUGAAAUUCCUACCAUGACCUUAACUUCAAUGAUGGGAACGUGUGAAAAGGAGAAUUGCUCACCCACGAUACCAGCUUCAAAUUCAGGUGAGGAGGACUAUGAAGAUGGAAUAGAAAGGGCAUGUGACACCCUCCUCAUGUGCAUCGUCACCGUCUUGAACCAGGGACUCAGGAAUGGUGGAGGUGUGGGAGACGUACUGAGGAGGCCGUCAAAAGAUGAGCCCUUAUUUGCUGCUCGGGUGGUUUAUGACCUUCUGUUUUUCUUCAUUGUUAUCAUUAUUGUUCUGAACUUGAUUUUUGGUGUUAUCAUCGAUACCUUUGCUGAUCUCAGAAGUGAAAAACAGAAAAAAGAAGAAAUUCUAAAGACAACCUGCUUUAUCUGCGGACUCGAGAGGGACAAGUUUGACAAUAAAACAGUUUCCUUUGAGGAGCACAUUAAGUCGGAGCACAGUAUGUGGCAUUAUCUGUACUUCAUCGUUCUGGUGAAAGUUAAGGACCCCACUGAAUACACUGGACCUGAAAGUUACGUGGCUCAAAUGAUUGUGGAGAAGAAUCUGGACUGGUUUCCUCGGAUGCGAGCCAUGUCUCUCGUUAGCAAUGAAGGUGACAGUGAGCAAAAUGAGAUUCGGAACCUGCAAGAGAAGUUGGAAUCGACCAUGAACCUGGUCAAACAGCUGUCGGGGCAGCUGGCGGAGCUGAAGGAGCAGAUGACAGAACAAAGGAAGAAUAAGCAGAGACUGGGCUUUCUGGGAUCCAACACAGCCCAUGUGAAUCAUCACAUGCCACCACACUGAUACCAUGGGGUGAAGCCGUGACUAGCCUUUCAUCAGUGCCUUGCCUGAUUCCUGAAUAAAGAACUGAGAUGGA